AAAGAUUGCUUGACGUCCCAGUCAAUCAGUCUGCAAAAUGGGAGCAAAACUUUCAUUAAUCUCUACGCUGAGACAAAACGGGAAGAUGAGCCAUGGGAUACCGCUCGUGUUACGAGAUAUGGUGGAGUUCUUGGAAAAAAAUGGGAUGGGCUACCAGGAUCUUUUUUGUGUGGGCGGCUCAGUGGUGCAGAUCCAUCACUUGAGGUGGCAGCUGGAUCAUGGCGAGAAUGUCAAACUGGAUCUGGAGCAAGUGUCAACUGUAGCUUCGCUCCUCAAGCUCUUUUUUCAACAGCUGCCUGAUCCCAUAGUUCCAGAGUACCAAUGCAGACAUCUCAUCCAGAGCUUCAGAGAGUGGGGGCUUGCAGCCAGUUGAAUCACAUGACGGUGGACACUCUCGCUACUAUUUUUGGACCUUACAUCUUUCACGUUCCCGCAGGACCUGAGAUG